AUGAGCCACUCAGUUCCCGACCUUGAUGCGAUCGGCAUCAAGGCCGAGCCCGACCUUGCAGACUCCUUCCGUCGCGAAGUCGCGAAUCUGCUCGGUCGAAACAAUCUCAAUUUCCCCGGCGCGCAACCCGUCAGCUUCUCGGCGAAACACUUGACGGAGCUCCAAAAAGAAGACUACUUUGUCUGUGAAAAGACAGAUGGUAUCCGCUGCUUGAUGUACUUUGCGCGCGGCGAUCCUGACUCCGAAUCGCCCGAGAUUCAUUAUCUGAUCGACCGCAAGAACGACUACCGCUUUGUCCCUGGCCUACACUUUCCGCUCCCCGACGAUGAAACCUUCCAGUCUUACCACGUCGAUACAUUGGUGGAUGGUGAAUUGGUCAAUGACACCUACGAGGACGGCACACAACAGCUCAAGUACCUCGUCUUCGACUGCUUGGUGCUAGAUGGGCAGAGUCUAAUGCACCGAACCCUCGACAAGCGACUCGCAUACUUCAAGGAGAAAGUCCUGAGGCCAUACAAUGCCAUGUAUCGCAAGUUCCCGGAAGAGAAACAGCACCGCGCUUUCGCUGUCGAAGACAAGUCUACGCAGUUCAGCUAUGGUAUCGAGAUGAUGUUCCGCGAUAUCAUUCCCAAGGUCAAGCGCAUCCACGGCAAUGACGGUCUCAUCUUUACCUGCCGCAGCACACCCUACCGCAUUGGCACAGACGAACACAUCUUGAAAUGGAAGCCGCCCGCCGAGAACACGAUCGACUUCCGCAUGCGCCUAGAAUUCCCAGUUCUAGAGCCAGACAGCGACGACGAAGCCGACGGCGUCACGGAGCCCUUCACAGAUUAUGAUGCUAUCCCAAUCUGUCAUCUCUUCACAAUGCUCAACAACAAUGAGUACCGCCAUUUCGGCGAAAUGUACGUCACCCCGACAGAAUGGGAAGACAUGAAAGCCCUGCGUGUCCCUUUGGACGAUUCCAUUGUCGAAUGCUAUAAAGAUACCCAACAUCGCUGGCGAUUCUACCGUCUUCGCGAUGACAAGGCGGACGCGAAUCACGUCUCAACCGUGGAAAAGGUUCUCGAGAGUAUUGAUGACGGUGUCACCGAGGAAGAUCUCAUUCGUCUCGCGCCUGCUAUCAAGGCCGCUUGGAAGAAGCGUCAAGCAGGGGGUCCCGGAGGGCAACCCCGUGGUGCUCCGCCUUCUGCCAAUGGGAACGGCGUGAAGCGGAAAUUCGAGGAAUGA